GACUGUGAUGUCCCCAUCGUCCCUGCUGGUGGCCCUGGUGGUGGCCGUGGUGGCCCUGGUGGGUGCUGGUACCCCAGUCCCGGGCCGGGUGUCUCAGUUGGUGACGGAUUUCGGGCUCCGGCUCUUCCGGGCGGCUUUGGGACCCCGAGGGGACACCAAUGUGGUCCUGGCCCCCCAUGGGGCCACCUCGGUGCUGGUGGCCCUCCAGGUGGCCACGGCUGGGCGGGGCCGGAGGCAGCUCGAGGAGGCCUUGGGGUUCAGCAUCGACGCCCCGGGGGUCUCGGCGGAGCUGCGGGAGCUGCGCCGGGCCUUGGAGGGGGGUCCCGGGCAGGGCCUGGCGGUAGCCGAGGGGCUCUUUGUGGGGCGGGGGGUCGCGCUGACCCCUGGCUUCGCCCGCCGGGCCCUCCGAGCCCUCGGACCCCGCAGCGUGGCCCGGGUGGACUUCGCUCGGCGGGAGGGGGCACGGACCCUCCUCGACUCCUGGGUGCGGGAGAGGACGAAGGGUCUGUUGGGGUCCCUGGUGCCCCCCGGGGCUCUGGGUCCCCGCACGCGCCUGGUGGUGGCGAGCGCGCAGUUCUUUCGGGGAAGGUGGGCGACCCCCUUCCCCCCCCGGGCCACCCGCGCCCGCCCCUUCCGCAGGGCAGAUGGCAGCGACGUCGCGGUGCCCAUGAUGGCCCGGGCGGGCACGUUCCGCUGCGGGGAAUUCGAGACGCCCGCGGGGGUCCCGUACUCGGUGGUGGAGGUCCCGUAUGAGGGGGGGGCGGUGUCCAUGCUGCUGGUGGCCCCCCUGGAACGGGAUGUCCCCAUUGUCACCCUCACCCGCCUCCUGGACAGUCCCCGUGUCACCCACUGGGUCACCAACCUCAGCCCUGCCCCCCGCCUGCUUGUCCUGCCGUGCUUCUCCCUGGAGACCACGUGGGACCUGCGGCCCCCCCUCAAGUCCUUGGGGGUCCUUGACCUCUUCGACCCCGAGGCUGCCGACUUCACCCCCCUCUCAGGGGAGGAGCACCUGGUGCUGGGCCAGGCUCUGCAGAGGGUCCGGAUGGAGGUGACCGAGAACGGCACCGAGGUGGCCUCAGCCACCGCUGCCAUUGUUUAUUCCCGAAUGGCCCCCCUGGAAAUCAUCCUGGAUCGGCCCUUCCUCUUCCUCAUCCGACAUGGCCCCACAGGUACCAUCCUCUUUGUGGGGCAGGUGACAGAGCCCUGAGCGCCUCAUGGGAGGGAGGGUGUCAUCCCACAUCGGGGUCACCCCACAGUUGGGGGUCCCCCACAGGGUCUGUGGGGCCAGGAGAGCUGUAAUUUAUUGGGGAGAG